AUGUUUAGAAAUAAUUACGAUAACGAUUCAGUGACUUAUUCUCCAACAGGUAGAUUAUUCCAAGUUGAAUAUGCAUUGGAAGCUAUUAAACAAGGGAGUGCGGCCGUUGGGUUAACUUCCAAUGAUUAUGUUGUUUUAGUAGCUCUAAAGAGAAAUGCUGAAGAAUUGGGAUCAUAUCAAAAGAAAAUCAUUAAAAUUGAUGAUCAUAUGGGUGUAGCAUUGGCUGGUUUAGCACCAGAUGCAAGAGUUUUAUCUAAUUUUUUAAGAAAACAAGCUAUGCAAUGUAAAAUGAUUUUUAAUCGACCAAUUCAAACAUAUAAAGCAGUUUUAUCAAUUGCUGAUAAAGCACAAGAAAAUACUCAAAGUUAUGGUUCAAGACCUUAUGGUGUAGGUUUAUUAAUUGCUGGAUAUGAUGAAACUGGUGCUCAUCUUUUUGAAUUUCAACCAAGUGGAAGUGUAUUGGAAUAUUUUGGUGCUGCUAUAGGUGCAAGAUCUCAAGCUGCUCGUACAUAUUUGGAAAGAAAUUUGGAAGAAAUUAAAAAAUGUGAUGAUGUUGAACAGUUGGUUCUUCAUGGUUUGUAUGCCUUGAGAGAUACUUUGUCUCAAGACAUUGAAUUGACAUUUAAAAACACCAGUGUUUCUAUCGUAGGUAAAGAUCAAAAGUUUGUAUCAUAUGAUGAUGAAAAUGUUCAACAAUGGUUAGAUAAAUUAGAUUCAGUAUCAAACACUAGAAAUAGAGACGAUGGCGAUGAAGAAGGUGAUGAAGAACAACAACAAGAAGAAGAAGGAGAAACCGGUCAAACUACCGAAGAAGGUGCACAACAAGGCGAAGGAGAGCAAGCCCCAGGUGAUGACAGAAUGGAAACUGAUGAAUAG